AUGGUAUUUUUUUCUGAACAUAAGUCACCCAAAAGUUCAAAAGAAAGUUCCGGAUCAGUAACUCCAGAUAAGGAAAAAUCACAGAUCGAAAAAGGAAAUCUGAGUUAUAUGUUAAAAAAUUAUCUAUUCAUUUCAAAAAAUGGAAGUAAAACAGCGGUUUGUAAAAAUGAGAUUAAAUUUUGCGGACUUGAAAACAAGUUCAACAACUGUUAUUGCAAUGUAGUCAUACAAUCAUUGUAUUCAUAUCCUGAAUUCAGAGAUAGGAUGAUGGAAUUUAAAAAAACAGGAAUCGGAAUCUCGUCAGAACUCGGUAAACUGUACAGCAAAUGUGUUUCUCAGCCAGAUUAUCAAUCAACGAAAAGUUUCCUUAGAAAAAUAUGCAACACCAACGACGAUUUCGUUCUGGGAGAUCAACAAGACGCUCAUGAGUUUUUAACAUACUUGCUGAACGUGAUGAUAGAUGAAAUCAGAGAAGCAGAAGAAAACGUUACGAAGUCGAAGACAUCCACACACAGUAAAUCACGACAUAAAGAGAAGAAAGAAAAAAGAACAUGGUUGAAUGAGUUAGUGGAAGGCUCAGUAGAGUCGGAAACAAAAUGCCACGAAUGCGAUAGCGUUACGAGAAUGAAGGAACCGUUCAUAACACUCUCAUUGGAUAUAUUUGAAAAUUCGAACAUUAAAAAAUGCUUAGACCAAUACUGCGAUAAGGAAGUCUUAUCGGGAAAAAAUAAAUUCUUUUGCGAAACAUGUAAUAAGUAUUGCGACGCCUCGAAAAAGAUACUUUUCGACGUCCUGCCGCCAAUACUGAUCCUACACCUAAAGAGAUUUAAGUACAACAUAAAGCCAGGAAGCACAAUGUGUAACAUGUACGAAAGGCUGCAGUACCAGGUGAUAUCUUCUAACGAGAUCGAACUGGAGUGUAACCGUAAAAAAAGGAAGGUCGAGUACCAACUGUUCUCUGUGAUACUACACAUAGGAACGUCGCCAGAUUACGGGCAUUAUAUAAACAUAUCGGAGCUAGGAGGGAAGUGGUACAGGUGCGACGACGUAAAUAUACUUAAACUGACGGACCAUCACCUAGAAAUAGGAGAUGAGACGACAUCGGGAAGCGACGCAAGCUAUAUUCUGUUCUAUCGAGUAAAGGAAUGA